AUAUUAUGCUGGUUAGGUUUCUAUCUGUUAAUAUAUAUAAUUAAUUCGUUGUGAUUUUCAUCAGUCACAAAUGUCGGAGUGUGCCUCGAAUCCGGACAAAAAAACCAAUGAUGCGGUCAAGCCACCGUCUGGCCUGAAGGCCAUUAUAGACCACUUGUGCCAGAUGUAUCCCGACCAGCCGAAUCCUUUGCAGGUGACAACACUACUGAAGUACUGGCUGGGAGGGCAAGAUCCGCUGGAUUACAUUAGCAUGUACAACAACAAUGGAGACCCAGAGAAGAAUGUGCCACCUCAUUGGCACUACAUUAGCUUUGGACUGAGUGACCUGCAUGGAGAUGAGCGUGUCCAUAUGCGUUCGACAGAGGAGCAGUCCACACGAUCUGGCAUGGGCUUUGAACUGACCUUCCGUUUAGCAAAGACUAAGGCGGAGAUUCAACAGCAAGUGCAGUGUCCAGAAAAAUCGUUGCGACCACCCACUUGGCCAGCCAACCUUCUACAAUCAAUUGGUCGCUAUUGCUUUCAAACAGGAAAUGGAUUGUGCUUUGGGGAUAACAUUCCUUGGCGCAAAAGUUUAGAUGGCAGCCCAGCAAAUUCACCACUACAGAGUCUGUUAGUGGCACAGGAUCCACAGCUUGGCUGCAUUGAAACACCCUUUGGCACUGUGGACUUUUGCCAGAUUGUCGGAGUCUUUGAGGAUGAGCUAGAGCAGGCCUCACGUUGGAACGGAAGGGGCGUUUUAAACUUUUUGCGCCGGGAUGUGCAAACUGGGGGAGAGUGGUUGGUCACGAAUAUGCAGCGCAUCCGCAGUGUCUUUGAAUUGUUUCCAGAGACUUUGUUGCAUUUGCAGGACGACUUGGAGAAACAGGGCUCAGAUUUGGCCGGCGUCAAUGCAGAGUUCACGUUCAAAGAGAUUAAACCGAGAAAAGUCAUCAAAGAGGAGAUCGACUUUCAGAGUCUAAACGAACGGUGUGCCAGCGAGGAGAAUAAUAGACAAACUCUCACCGAGUCCCAAGUCAAGCGAGAGGAGCCCAGUUUCCCUCAGUCAAUGUCCCUGAGUAAUAAUUCAUUGCACAAGUCGUGUCCGUUGGACUUUCAGCCGCAGGCACCGGAUUGCAUUUCCCUGGAUGGUAUUGAGAUCACAUUGGCGCCGAGUGUUGCCAAGUACCUGCUUCUGGCCAUUAAGGACCGCAUCAGGCAUGGCCGUCAUUUCACCUUCAAGGCCCAGCACCUCGCGCUAACGUUUGUUGCCGAAACUGUGACAGGAGCUGCGGUUAACAUCAAUGAGCCGUACGGAGUGCUCGGCUAUUGGAUUCAGGUUCUGAUACCCAGUGAUUUGGUGCCACGCAUGAUGGCCGACUUUCGAAAUGCUCAUCUGGACGAGAGCACAGAGCCCGCUCAACGUUUGGAGUUCGAUUGGCCGGAUAAGAAUUUUCGGCUAAUUGUGGAUCAACCUGUUUGCCUGUUGCCGCCCCCACAGACCGCAAUGUCGCUGGAUGCAGCUUGAUGUUUAAUUUUAAUUCAUAGACUCUCCGAAUCUCUUCCACUAACAAUUAAGUUUACCAAUUUUAUAUACAUUAAGGCAGAAUAUACUUACCGAUUCAUCCACACGACA